ACAAACUUCCAACCAAAAUAAUGAGCUAUCUGACAUGUCUGACAUAGAUGAGGAACAACAAUCAGGCGAUGAAUUCGAUAGUCAUGAAAUCAGCCGGCAGGAUGUGCCAACCACACCUCCAUCUCAUGACGAUACCGUUGUUAAGAAAGAACUUCGGAGAUUUAUGGAAGACUUUGGUGCUUUCGAUCGCGUACAUGCUUACUGGAAUCAUGAACGCUAUGAAGACGAAAAUAACCGCUCCCCGAACCGGGAAAACAACAUCAUCGCCAUGACCGUAGAAAAUAGAGACCGUCAGCCAAAGAAGAUAGAAAGACUUCAUAUGAAAGACAGAAUCACCUUGGCAACGUGUCAUCUGGGGACAAUCAAGAUGGAGAUCAAGAAGGAGGAAGACCGAUUACUAAAACUCGUCCAGGAAUUAGGAGAUGCCAGGCUGGAGAGCGAAAAAUCAAAACGGGAACUACUUAAGGAAGAGGAACUUUACAGACAACUCCUUCUCGACUACCACACGGCACAGGAAGUCACCAAAGCUCUAGAUGUACGAAGUCGGGCAGUGGAGAUCGAGCUCCUCGUAUUGAGACGUCGGAAAUGGAAGACCGACAUGAUGCUGGAUGCGGCCACAGCCGAGGUCAGCCUGCUCGAUCACCGCCUCAAGAAAGAACAAACGCCACAGGAAGAGCAAAAAGAAAGGAGGCUUGGCUCCAAGCGACGUCGUUUUGAACAAACGACCAUCAAGGUCAACGCACUCGCAGCCCUCAUCAUCCUCCAGAUCAUCCUCCUCGUCAUUGCAUUGUGGCACCUGUGAUGGCCCUCGAAAAUUGCAGUAACUGGGUUCACUGGCAGCUUUCCA